GCAAUAGGCAGUGAUUGCUGGUCAGCAGUGUGGACUGCAGAUGUGCACGCUGAGGAAGAUGGAAGUCGUGUGCACUUAAGAGCAAUGAUGUGUGUCGUCUAGAGAGCAUCAUUGGUGCUUGUUAACAGAGAUCAAACGAUUCUCACUGCCAUCACCAUGGAAACAGAGUCCCCGCAAAAGCAAGAGGGUCCCACCGGCUCGCUCGACAAGCUAGAGUGCCAGAUGCAACGUGAAGUGGACACUAGCCUUGAUCCUGCUGUGCUCGAUAAAAAAGCCUCCGGAGAAGAACCAGUUGAGGAUGCUGACGUCUUACAGGAAUUCAAGGAUCAAGGCCAAACUGAAGACACUAUGACAGAAUUGGUUCAAGCUCCACACAAUCACAUCAAGUCUCCUGAGGAACCAGAUGAGUUCAAGAAACUGAUUAGUCAAGGUGCUUUCCUAAAGCCUCCACCGAAAGACGAAUUCUCCAGCUUGGAGGUAGAGGUGCCAGAGUGCCCAAGUGAUGAUAAAAUCAAUCCAGAUAACAACUCCCUUGAAUGUUACCGGAAUGAAGACGGCCUUCUGGCAACAGACUCUUUACUAAGAUCACCUGAAACUGUUACGCACCAAUUUCCGCUUAAUGUGCCCUCAACUCCUCUAGCUGUUGAAAAAGAGGAAACAAAUACUUGCAGUUCAAACCCAGCCCUAGAUGAUAUUUCCUCAAACAGCCAGCAGGGAGAGCUACUGCCCCAAGGCCAACACGAGCUCAUUCCCAUGGGCGCGAAGCAGGAAGCUGCUCAACAGGUGCUCCAGCAGAACUCUGCACCUUUGUCUCGCGUUUCCAUGGAGCCGCCCAAUCAGGGUGGGGCAUUUUCAAAAGGCUCUCUCUGUGUUGUCACAGUGAGAGAAAGGCAGGCAGACUGGGCACGGGGAAAGAGAGAGGGAGAAUGCAAAGCAGAAGAGCAGAAACAAAGUCGGAAUAAGGUGGAUGGCCAAGAGCCAGGUGAAAGACUGGUGAGUUCUUCCGAAUUAAUCCAGGAAGAGAAGAGAGAAGACAACCGUGUUGAGUGCCCUAAAGCCAUCAGAAUGAAGAGCGACGACAACCAGAGCGACAGUGAAUUAUCGGCGGACUUCUUUCCACACGGCCCAAAGCCCAAAGAGACCCCCAUUGAGAGAGAGAUCAGACGAGCCAUAGAGCGAGAACAUAGUCUGAGGAGAUCCAGGGGGCUUCCAAAUGCAACCACAGAGUAUGUUGAUAUCCCCAUGACUAAAACCAUGCUUAACCAAGAUGUCAGUGCCAAGUCGGAGAAAUUCCAAAGCAUAGACAGGGAGCUGGCGGAGAAAAUGAUGCAGCAUGAGAUCCAUGAGGAUGUCAACCGUGAGCAAGCUCUGGUCAAGCUGGGGAAGGUUCCUGGUUUCUAUGAUAAAGGGACGGUACGGCAACUGAAAGAGAAGAAAGAGCUUUUUGAGGCUUUUCAAAAACCCAGUGAGUCUUCUUUGAGUGUGUCCAGUGAGAGCAGCAGCAGUUCCAGCAGCAGUUCCAGCUGCUGUUCAGAUAGCCGGGAUGAGGUCCCAACACGGGCGGCCGCUGUGCAAGGCUGGGAAAGGCGACAGAGCAUAGAACCUCUGAGAAGUGCUUCUGUGUCUUCCACUCCUAGGGGACUGAGCUUAUCUGAGGAAAUGUCCUGCCAAGUUAUCAUUGUGGAGAAAGAUGCAAGUGCCCCGCAACAGAAGCACCACCGUACCAAUGGCAAAGUAGACGGCCAUGUAAGUGUUGAUCGGGAAGCUUGUUACGUCCUUCCAUCUGUUUCUGGAGGACACUCUUUAGAGCUGGAUGCAGAGGAGAUGUUUCCUAAAGAGAACCCCUUCUUCAAGCUGCGCUCCCUCACAAAUGAUGUCAAAGUAGAGCAGGAUAUCCGGGAGGCUCAAGAGAGGGAAGAGGAGCUCCGCAAGCAGAGGAUCAGCCUGUAUGGGGCUGUGGGAGGAGGAGGUAGUUGGGGGCCAGUAGGCUUGGAGAGAAGUGUCCAAGCAUCUGUUCUUCAGUAUUCCACCUCUUCCCCCAGUGGAGGCAGCAGACCCAUAGAAGCCCAUCAAUCUGUUGGAAAGCUCCAUACGUGGCCCCCAAGCCAGGACCAUGGAGACACAGUGAACCAGCCAAAGGUGGUGCAGGCCUCUCACGGUUCCAGACACAAGACCCCACUUGUGGACUUGUGGGAGUCGGGCAUGGUCAAUGGAAAACACCAACAAGAGCAAUGAGGAGGACAUUUUUCUUUUUUUUCAAGUGAAGGUUUUGGGACGCAGUGUCAAUGAUGAAGAAAGUGGAAGUGAGACAGGUCAAGAUUGACUUCAGACUUGAAAGUAACUGCACUAGCACACGCUUUAAUCUCAAAAAUUUAUAUUGUAAGUAUAGACUGAUUUUUCUUUCCUAAUUAUCAGUAACCAGAGAAGUUAAAAAAAGAAAGAGAAAAAAAACACUUUGAUUUUUUUGAUUUUUUUAAUGAUGUCUCACUUUAUAACCUGUGCAAUCAAAUGCCAUAAAGUACAAUACCCAUGCAAUAAAUACCAAUUUUCGUGCUUAUGCCAGCUAGUUUUUUAACUCAUAGAUAUGUGCUCGUUUUAGAUAUGCAAAGAUGUAUUUGAUUACUAUGGUUCCAUGUUCACUGACAGCUGUUUCUAUUAUUUUGUCAUUUUACUACAGCUGUUGAACACGUGUACCUACUAUUUAAUCCAAUGACAGGAGCUCAGCAUGUAAUUCUUUGCUAUAUUUUCUUAUGUGAUCACAAAAAGUUGACAAUUUCUAAUGAGCUUCUCACCCGGUAGAAUGAGCUAAUCAAGGGGUAAUCCUGGAGCCGCCCUAAUGCCCGACACUGGGAUUAUGUUGCAAUGAGGUUGAUCUGGAUUUUGCAGGUGAAUUAUGAUAGUCCAGGGUACACACGUGAAUAAAAGCGCCUAUGUUGUAACACUCUUUGACACCUUCUUGAGUCACGCAGUAAAUGCUGAACUUUGGAAUGAAACUAUGUUCGUCAGCAGGGCUGACACUGUUCAUGGUCUUUUUAAGUCUUUCACUGCCAUUGAAGAUGAUAGACGUCC